UCCUAUCCAAGCCUGGACCAGGGUGUUGAAGUGCAUAACGGAAGUCUGUCACGGGUGGCCACCUAGCGUCAGCAGCGUGCUUCUCAAUGGAACAUAUUAAGCCUCCAGUUACUGGUAUUUAUAUUCUCAGAGCGUCCUCGAAUAUUUAUUUUGCAGUUAAGUUCACACUGACAGAGAAAACCAACCGACCCUUUUUUUUCUGAACGAGUUAUCACAACGCAUUUGAGGACAUCGGUGGACGAAGCCUUAUCAUUGAGCAGACGCAAACUAGCGAAUGCGAGAGUCUGCUUUCUGACGCGACUCGUCAUUUGCUCUUCAGCCUUGCCUAGUUGGAUUUGUAGCCUAAGGAUUUAUCUCGUGUGGGAUAUUGUCAUUAGAGCAAAGGAGACAACACACUCGGAAGACGCAAUCUUAUCAACAGGCAUCCCUCCCUCAGCAUGUGGCAGUGAGCCUCUCCUGCAUCUCCCCCACUAACUGCUUUGCCCCGUGGGGUAGACCAGUCCGAGCGGCACCCCGCCGCACCAGACCCUCCAUCGGAGGAGGAAGAGGAGAAGAGGGGCGAAGAGGAAGAGGGGUGGUGGUUGUGAGGGCUGCGGGGAGCGCCGAGCGUGCGCCCUGGGGCCGUCGGGAUGGGGAUCCUGGACGCCCACAGCUGUGUGGGCCGGGCCAGUUGCCACAGUAACUCCUCCAAGGAGUACUGCUACUCGGCGCGCAUUCGCAGCACUGUGCUGCAGGGGCUGCCCUUCGGAGGCGUGCCCACCGUCCUCGCCCUCGACUUCAUGUGCUUCCUGGUGCUCCUGUUCGUGUUCUCCAUCUUGCGGAAGGUGGCCUGGGACUACGGCCGGCUGGCGCUGGUGACCGAUGCCGACAGUAGGAGGAGGGAAACAGAUAACUAUGAACCUGUGGAAAGUAGGAGGAAUGAAACAGAAAACCAGGAACCGGUGGAAAGCGUGGCCUCUGCUAUGCACUCGGAGACGCCGGACCGGUACGAGCGCCUCACCUCUGUCUCCAGCUCAGUGGAUUUCGAACAGCGGGAUAAUGGCUUCUGUUCCUGGCUCACUGCCAUAUUCAGAAUAAAGGAUGAGGAGAUCCGUGACAAGUGUGGUGAGGACGCGGUGCACUACCUUUCCUUCCAGCGGCACAUCAUCGGCCUGCUGGUGGUGGUGGGCGUGCUCUCUGUGGGCAUCGUGCUGCCAGUCAACUUCUCUGGAGAUCUGCUGGACAAUAAUGCCUACAGCUUUGGCCGAACAACAAUAGCCAACCUAAAUUCGGGGAACAACCUGAUGUGGCUGCACACGUCCUUUGCCUUCAUAUACCUGCUUCUGACGGUGUACAGCAUGCGCCGGCACACAUCCAAGAUGCACUACAAGGAAGACGACCUGGUCAAACGCACUUUAUUCAUCAACGGCAUCUCCAAGUAUGCUGCAGAGCUCCACAUAAAGCAACACUUUGAACAGGCCUAUGAGAACUGCACGGUGCUAGAAGCCCGCAUCUGCUACAAUGUGGCCAGACUCAUGGCCCUCAAUGCUGAGAGGAAGAAGACGGAGCGCAGCAAGAAGUUCUUCACGGACCUGAUGUCGAAGGAGCACGUGCCCACCAUGAUCAACCCAAAGCCCUGCGGUCACCUCUGCUGCUGCGCCAUCACAGGCUGUGAAGAGGAAGAGGCGGUGAGCUUCUACACCAACAGGGAGGCCAAGCUGAAGGAGGAAUACAGGAAGGAGAAGGAGAAAGUGAACACAAAACCGCUUGGCAUGGCCUUUGUCACCUUCCAGAACGAGUCCAUGACUGCCAUAAUCCUGAAGGACUUUAACGCGUGCCGGUGUACGGGCUGUCAGUGUCGUCCUGAGCCCCGCACCUCCCCGUUCAGUGAGAGCCUCCACGUCUACAACUGGAGUGUCACCUACGCCCCUGACCCACAGAACGUGCGCUGGGAGCACCUCUCUCUGGGCGGCGUGGUCUGGUGGAUCCGCUGCUUCAUCAUCAACGUCAUCCUCUUCCUCCUCCUGUUCUUCCUCACCACGCCCGCCAUCAUCAUCUCCACCAUGGACAAGUUCAACGUCACCAAACCCGUUGAGUAUCUCAAUAACCCCAUCAUCACUCAGUUCUUCCCCACCCUCCUCCUGUGGGCCUUCUCCGCCCUGCUGCCCACCAUUGUCUACUACUCCGCCUUCUUCGAGGCUCACUGGACACGGUCGGGGGAGAACCGGACCACCAUGCAUAAGUGCUACACCUUCCUCAUCUUCAUGGUCCUACUGCUGCCCUCACUAGGACUCAGCAGUUUGGAUGUCUUCUUCCGCUGGCUCUUUGACAAGAAGUUCUUGGCCGACGCCACUGUGAGGUUUGAGUGCGUCUUUCUCCCUGACAACGGAGCGUUCUUCGUGAACUACGUCAUCGCCUCGGCGUUCAUCGGGAACGCCAUGGACCUGCUGCGUAUCCCAGGUCUCCUGAUGUACAUGAUCCGCCUGUGCCUGGCCCGCUCGGCAGCAGAGAGGCGCAACGUCAAACGGCAUCAGGCCUAUGAAUUCCAGUUUGGCGCCGCCUAUGCCUGGAUGAUGUGUGUCUUCACCGUCGUCAUGACGUACAGCAUCACAUGCCCAAUCAUAGUUCCCUUCGGUCUGAUGCACAUGCUCCUGAAGCACCUGGUGGACAGGUACAACAUGUACUACGCCUACCUGCCCUCCAAGCUGGAUAAGAAGAUCCACUCGGGGGCCGUCAACCAGGUGGUGGCUGCCCCCAUCCUCUGCCUCUUCUGGCUCCUGUUCUUCUCCACCGUCCGCAUAGGGUUCCUGGCACCCACCUCCAUGUUUACCUUUGUGGUGCUCAUCAUCACCAUUGUGGUGUGCCUGUCGCACGUCUGCUUCGGACACUUCAAGUACCUGAGCGCGCACAAUUACAAGAUCGACACCAAGGACACGGACGCAGACGUAGUGGAAAAUGGCAGACCGGUGCGCACAUCACCGAUCAUCAAGACAGCCCAGCAACAGUCCUAUAUCGCCCAUGUGCUGCAGGACCCCAAUGCAGAGGAGACAGGUGGCGCCAGCGGCGAGGAGGACGGCCAGGGGUCCUCGCAGGACGAGGAGCUGAUCAACGGCGGCAACAGCCUGAACGAGGCAGACUUCCAGUCCGGGGAGGACAGUCUCCUCGCCAACGAGGUCCACCACUGACCAGGAAGGAGGAGAAGAGAGAUGGAGAGAAGGAAAGAAGACAGGAGAGAGGAAGAGGGGAGAAGACAGCACUGGAGUGAUGGAGUGAUCCACUGGACGAGGGGGGGGCAUCUUGAACCAUCGGCACAGAUGGAGGGUUUCAAACACAACACCAACAUGGAGGCAAGAAUGUUCUUGUGCAAUUCUUCUGCUACUCAGUCACAUGCAAGCACAAAAGCAGUGCACAUAAACCACUUCCUCUGACCGAUCCUCUCACCUACAUUCUCCCAGUAGAUUAAACACUAGGGUGUGCAUACACACACACAGAGAGAGAGAGAGAGAGAGAGAAGACUGCCUCUACCCUCUGUGCCGCUUGCUGGCCCUGGGCAGACAUGCGUUGUGCCGACAGGUCUUGAUGACCUCAUCAUUGUGAGUCGUGAGUGUGAGAUUGUUCACUGGAGGCCUUGUGCUGUACUUACUAACUCUCUCAUACACACACACACACACACACACACACACACACACACACACACUUUUUAUUUAUCAUGUCAAUACUACAGCUGUUGUUUACCCAUAGCAAAGUCCAAGCACAACCGCACAUAAAACAUGAAAGACUCAAACCACAAAGAAAGAAAGAAAAAACUGAAAAUCUUUGACUCUCUUCAUCCAACUUUAUUCAUCGCUGUCCAAGUUCUUGUUCUUGUACAGGAACAACGAAAGUCCUUGAUGUUCAGGGCAGUUAACCUACUAAAGUCAUUCGGCUUGGAUGCCACAGAGUAGAGACCCCGGGCAACUUACCCAUAAGGCAUUGGGAGAAAACAUUCAGUCAUCUUUCAUGAAAACAAAUAAAUAAAUCCAUGUGUAAAAACAGAGACAAGGCCUUAGCAGCCAUUUUGACUCUAAGCACACAAACAAUGAACAUUCUCUCAUCCUCUGAAGAAAAAGAAUGCCUCAAAAAUGGACAUCACUUCCUCUCAAAAAUGAAACUUUUUUGUUGUUUGUUGUUUUGUUUUUGUUUGUUUGUUGGUUUGUUAGCACUCCUGAAUCAGUAUUUUAUUUAUCCGUGCUGCUGUACUGGCUAUACUUAUACAAUUGCUAUUAACCUUGUGUGUGUGUGUGUGUGUGUGUGUACUGCGUGUGUCUUUGGUUAACCCAGUUUCAGUCUCCUAUCAGGCAUUCCAAAGGAAUGAAAAAGUGCAAUAGUGAAGGAGAAGAGAAAGAAGAGCCAAAAUGGUGGACCAGGUCACCCAAUGAAUCUCUGUCUUGUCCCAAUCUUCCACCAAGCUUGUCUCCCUCCGAUUUAAGGAACUGGUGGUCUUAUAAUUAGAAAGUCCUCUUCCGACAGAAGAUUAACUUAAGUCAGUGUGCCUCUGACGAAUGAGGGAUCCAAAAGGAAAAGGGACAUCGGAGACUGCUUCGUCAGACACAGCUGGCCAGGCUGCCUAGAGACUCGGACUGGAGUGUCCAUGGUGGACGUCCGUAUGUCCUAAGGGACAAGCUGUAGUCAGCACACAUGACUAUAGUCAGAAUCGUUCUCGAUAUAAAUUGAACAGCCCACCUCUGUUUCCCUCCACUUCUCCUGUCUGAUCCCCCAUGGAUAUUGCUCUAGUCAUCUCAGUGUUUAUCAGUGUUGUGUCGACCCUACCAUUCCUAACGACUGUAGCUGGAUUUCACUUCUGACUUCCUCCUGAGUCUACCACAACAUUUGAUUUAGACUGAAGAAGAAACAACAAAAACAUAGACAUUUUGACAUUCAAAACAGUACUUUAACAAACCAAACAAUGCCCUGCUGAAGUCAUAAGAACUACAUGUGUUCAUUCUUCUUGGGCCACAGGCUGGUCUCCAUGAAUGGAGUAAAAAAAAAAAAAAACCUUUCUUUGAAAAAAAAAAAAAAAUAGUAUUUUGCAUUUUCUGUGAUUAUAUCUGUUGCUGGUUGAUGUAACCACCACGUCCGGGUUCAAGCAAGGCUGUCACACUUAACCCUGUGAUGGGAUUCAAGAAAGCACAUUAAACUUCGUGGUACUGACGUUUCUCUGCAUAGUUUAUUCUGCGGUUCAAAUAUUAACCACGACAAGAAAUCCACAAAAUACAUCUGGUGCUCUAAAUCAUUGACUUAACACCUAACGCUUGGAGCUGCCCGUUAACACACAUACAUUUCCAAAAGAAACACAACAGCAAGAGACACUUUAUUCACUAUCUGAUACACAAACAAAACCCAUUAUGGAAAUAAAAUGUAGAAUACAACACAUUAAUUAACAACCAAACCCAUGUUAACUGUCCCUGCUUAGUCUCAGCUUACACUGCUUGACCUAAAACGCAGCCCUCUUGUUCAUGAACUGGAUUUGUUUAAUGCAUGGGACCAUAUUACGGACCUUUUGUCUUUUGUGACAACUUGUGAUUAUGAACGGCAUGAUUUGCCCAGCCGUUGAUCGACCGUUACACCGACUACUGCUUUAGAUACUAACUCAUUUGGCCGACAACUUAUCAUUUCAUCAUCAUGGUAGGCGCACGAUUCAGUCACUCAAGUCUAUUCAAUGGUCGGGGCUAAUCCCCUAGCCUUAGCACCUAGCGCCAUUAAGCAUUUCUCAACAAAGAUGUUUUUUUUUUUUACAUGAAAAACAUAAUUUUUAAACGCACAGUCUUCAAUAAACCUCUUUGACGCGCUACUGGCUCCUAAGCUAGCACAUUGGUGUGAAGAAUGCACAUGAAUUUUCAAAACUGUGAUGGGAUUCAAGAACGCACAUUAAACGCCAUGGGGCUGACUUUUCACUGCACAGUUUAUUCUGCAUUAAAGCCAUUAUUCACGUCCUGUUCCCAUCACACCCCAGAAGUGCCCCCUAGUGGCCUGGAUAGUCACCUCCAUGAAUGAUUUAAAUCGUAUUGUUCACAGUAAAAAUCAAAUCAAACGAAUCAAAAGCGGUGUCUUUUGAGAAUAACAUUUUUCUACUUAGCCCUCAUUUAACACCCUUCUACAGUGACAGGCGGGGACAAGUAAACCGAAAGAGACAAAGAUUUGUCGGUUUCGCUGUACUCCUAGCUCGUGUAGACUUCAUCAAGCUAGUAAUCGUUCAAGACGUACUCCCACAACUGCCACUUCCCUGUGGACUCCACUAACUGCCUGUCUGGACUGUGAGGUAGAGAGGGUGGUGGAGUUGACGGUCGGGGCAAGACAAAGACUCACUCACAUUUGGCGAUGACACGAUGUCACUGAGUUUUUGUGGUGACAUGUUCUGUGUAGCAAAGACUGAUGCAUUGAGGGAUUUCUCAAUACUGAUGGAUUCACAACAGUUUAGGCUUGGCUGUUGAAGUCCAGUUUCCAUUCUUGUGCAAGUCUAAAGAUUUUGAUUUAAAAAUGGCAAAAAAAUGUAUUAAAAAAAAAUAAUAAUGUUUUAAAAUGAAAUUGUGAGUAAUCACGUUGUGCUUGACAAUGUUUGUCAGCUGGUGCCUGUUGUUUUUUUUUUUUCUUCUAUUUUUUCCCUUUUUGUUUUUUUUUUUAUAUGAAGAGAUAGACAGGAUUGUUGCAGGUAGUUUAUUAUGAAGGAAAUGAAGAGUGUGCUUUUCUGACUGGUUAGAAGAUGUCUGUUGGCACAAACUUAGGCCUGUCCUUAAAAGUAUUUGUUUGUCUUCACAAUCAGCGGCACAUCGGAGACAAAGAGAUUUCACGCACCUACGGGAAAACCUUUUUAUGUAACCGUAGAAUCAAAAGAGGUGUUAGAGAGCAACUUUAUCAAACUGUUGUGUCACGAUGUGUGUGUGAGGGUGAGAGAGAGAGAGAGAAAUUGCUAGUUAGACAUGUAGGUAAUUCUGUAGCCUUGUGAUGAAAGUCCUUCAAACGGCAGUUGAAGGACAGAGAACAGUAUUGUGUUGACAGAGCCAAUGAUUAGCUAAGCUUCAGGCUGAUUCUGUUCAUUAAGUUGAGGCGUUGUUGUAACAGCUACUGUUUUUAUUAUUAUGGAGGGAUGCUGAACCAUGUCAUUGUGCACUCAUGUCAGUUGUGACCACGUGACCACAUUUGUUUUGCCAAAACAAAGAAGCUGCCUCCAGUCCCCGAGGCCCAAGCUAUUUUCACACCAGCUGGUGCAGAAGAGGGAUAUAACCGAUGUGUGUACAGGCUAUGCAUUUGUACUCGUAACGAGACGUAGACGUGAGGCUACAAAGGACAUUGAGUGAUUUUUGUUUUUUUUUGGAACUUUAUGUCACUGAAACUCUGUGGCUGCAGCAGACGCCAACACACUUCUGUAUACAGGUUAGUACCAGUGAAGGUCCGCUAGAGGGCGCUGAAUACAUGCUUGUUCUUUUAUGUACCACUGCUGUUAAGUGUUGCUGAGGAUAAAUGCCUCGCUGAAAAGCUGUGAAGGUUUAUAGUAAAAGGAUGUUUUACUGACCCGCUCAAGGAACAUGCAAUAUUCCCAAAAGGGUAGCUGCCUCCGGGACGGACUUGGCCCAGUUUAGGGCCAGACUCGCUCCUUAACCGGCUGCUACCUUAGUUGAUAGUUGUGGAUUCAGCAGAUACAGGUACCAUUCAGCACAGUGACUUCUUGAACAGUCUCAGGUGUCGUGUAUUUUCAUUGAAAUGUUUACAUCUCAGUGUUCUUUCAUUUGUUUUUGUUGUUUUAUAUUUGUGUGUGGAUGUGAUGUGCUUUUUUUAUGUUUGGAGACACCACAAAGCUAAACUAUGAAAGCUGUAGCUACGUGUGCUGCUGUUGGCACCAGCUGUGUAAAAUCAGAUACCAUGCUUCAAUGUAAAUCUGCUCUUUUGUAGUUUAUUGUAGCCGUGUCAGUGUCGUAGCUACGUGCUGGAGACCUUCAAGCGGAUAUGUGUCUUAGUUCAUCCGUUUUGUUUUUCCUUUAUCUGUUUGACUAUUUCUCCAGUGGCCGGCCGCUCACAUUCACUUAAUGUACCUCAUCCUAAUUGUGCACACAGAUAUGGAUUUACUAGCUUUGAACAUUGGUUUUUUUAUUAUUAUUAUUAUUAUUAUUAUUAUUAUGAUUAUUUCUCAUAGUUCUAUAUCUUUCCAGAGGGCUGAUUUCUAGUCUCUCAAGAAGAUUACAGCUGCUCUGCUACUGAGCAGUACAUAUAACUUGUGAUUUUUUUCCUUUUCCUUUACCUGACAGAAAUAUAUAGGAGCCAAUGUCUAUUUGAAGUAGCCUUUGAGACUGAAAUAUGGCAGGUGAGCAGAGGUGGCAAGGUUAUUUAUCGUCCUCAAGACUGACUGGAUUGUUGGUUUUUUUUUAUCGCAGUUCAUCACUCUUUCUUCCUCUCUUUCUUUUCUUGUCUAUUUUUGCUUGUUACUUUAAAACCAUUGUUUGGGCGUUGAAGCUGUGAAGUAAAGAAUGUCUUUUAGCCCAGGAUAAAUGGGGAAACAUCAAUGGGCCUAGCCUACUGAGAAAUAAGAACCAGCAUUGGUUUGGUAAGAUUUGAAAUGAGUGGCUGUUAAUACCUUUGUACAUACCCUGCACUGCCGCGCUAUCAGAGCAAGGCAAAUGGUAGUGUGAUACAUAGGACGUAUGUACAGUUUUUAAGACAUCGGUUUGGACGUCUGAGUCGAUGUGUAAACUAGGGCCACAUUUUGUCUCUACAAUUCUAUGCUAACGUUUAUGCUAGCUUCCCACUAAACGUGCUGUAGGAAAUCUAGUAGUUCAAUUUAAUGCUGUAGAUUUGUUGGGCUGUGUGUAUGUAUGAGGGUGUUACGUAUGUGUGUGUGUGUGUGUGUGUGUGUGUGUGUGUGUGUGCGCGUGCGUGUGUUUUAUGUGUGUUAUUUAUUUUACCUUUUGGUCCAAAGGUUGUCUUUAUGGUGAAAACAUUUGUCAAACUCAGUUCCUUGAAUAAAAAUGGUAUUCAUCCUUAAA